ACUUCAAUUUUAUAAACUGUCAAGGUUUGCUACGAACUAACCGCUGGACAACUUAAACAAGGAUAUCACCAUAACUCUUCCAACAUAAUUUGCAGUUGUAACUUUUUGCAUAUUGCAGCAGUAGCAGCAACAAAAGACGACAUUUCUGCUCUCUCAUCUUCAAGACGUCAAACAAGAGAAAAUGAAGGUUGUAGGAUCUACUUGCGCGCUGAAGAACACCGAGGACGUGGUUCGUUGUCUCUCCGAGCAGAGUAUGUCAAUUUCCAAGUGCAAAAUCCCACUGCUGGACGAGCAGAUGAGUGUAUUUCUGCAAGACAUGAAUAGCUGCUACAGCAAGCUAAAAGAAUUGGUUCCAACUCUACCAGCCAACAAGAAAGCCAGUAAGAUGGAGAUUCUGCAGCAUGUCAUCGACUAUAUCUGGGACCUGCAGGUCGAGCUAGACACACCGGGCAAGCAGCAGACCGCAGGUGCACCCCGCACCCCUCUGACUACCCUCAAUGCAGAACUCACCAGCAUCUCUGUAGAGAACGGAUGCUCUGAUGACAGAAUUCUCUGCCGCUGAUAAAACAACAGACCGAAACAUUAGCAUAAGCAACGUGAACGGUUUUGCCAGUCAUUGAUGACAUUUCGUCGAAUCUCAAUUAUUGCAUCCAGCAGUGGAGCGACGUGAAAGUCCAUGAUGUGCAUAGAUAGACAUUCUCGAGUUUAAACUACGAAGUGUCACGUCAGAGGAGCUGUCCCAAAUCAGCCACCUGGUGUCCCGGUGUCACCAAGAGCGGUGCGUGCCGUGAAGACAAAUGUGCUGGUCGAGCUGAGCGGAUGAUAAUAAACAACCACAGCAUCCCAACCCAAUGAGCUCUUAGAUGUUGAUACAUGGAAUUUAUUUGAAAGAAUCUUUCAUUCCUUGUUCAAAUACUUUUUUCUGUAGUUUGUUCAAUUCAUGCGUAGAAAAUAUGUAUUUUUUGUCGCAAAAAAGUUAAUUUCUCAGAUUACUGAGCUAUAUUUGUAUUGUAUAUUACAAUGAUUCAGAUGUGAUCCCCAAUGUUGUUUUCAUAGCAAUGUGCUUAAGUAUACAGUGUUUUUAUUAAAACAUAAUGUAAUUG